UCUGAUUCAUUAAAAUGUAUUGAAAUACAAAAUUCAAAAGAAAUGGGAAAAGGACUAUUCGCAUCAAAAAACAUAAAACCUGGUGAAAUACUCAUCGUAGAAGAGCCUAUUGCUGGUGUAUUUAAAAAUAAUAAGUGGAUGUUUAACUGCAAUUAUUGUUUCAAACGAUGUUUAUCAGCCAUACCGUGUUCGAAAUGUUCACAGGCUAUCUAUUGUGAUGAGACGUGUUUACAAAAAGCCUACGCCAGUUACCACAAUAUAGAAUGUUCAUUAGUCUAUCCUCUCAAAGAGGAUCCAACUGUUGAACCCACUCACGAUUUGGCUUUACGUUGUUUUAUACAGCUCAUAAAUGUAAUGGGCAUUGAAUAUUACAGUUCAAUGGUACAAAAGUAUAAUGAAUCAAACUUAAGUUUUGACGAAAGCAGCAAUUAUUGUAUGGAAUUAUUUUAUUCAAUUUAUGCACUGGAUGGAAAUGAAACCAAAAGAACAACAUCCAAUUUAUUUUUUAUGUAUUGUACUGCAUCAAUGAUGGUGUCUCUAUUGUUGUUAAAUGAAUAUGAUAUCCCUUCAAAUUUGUUAGGCACCGUUGGUGAAUCGUUAGUUCAUUUGCUGUGUAUAGCUAACUUGAACUCGUAUGCGUCUAUAGAGCUAUCUAAAUAUAUAGGCAAGAACAGCAAUAAUAUUGUCUCAAAUCGACUAGAAACUUUUGAUUCUAUCGCUUUAAUUCUAUGCUCAGUGUACAGUUUGAUAAAUCAUUCGUGCGAUCCAAAUGUGAUGGUUCAAACGUAUAGUGGUAUAGAAGUAACUCGGGCAAUUCAACCAAUUUCAAAAGGAUCCCAAGUAUUUACUGACUAUGGUGUCAAAUUUAUGUCACAUAACAAAGAAAAACGCAAUGCACAUUUAUUUGAUCAAUACCAAUUUCAAUGUCAUUGUCAGGCGUGUAUUAAUGAUUGGCCCAACUAUGCAUUGCUGGAACUCAAUGAAUUAUUUAUUGGCUAUGAUCUACUUCCUACUAACAAAGAGGACUAUAACCAGCUUAGUAUUCCAAAAUCAACUCUAUCAAAAUUCAAUGAAAUUAACUACUUUUUGUCUAAGACGCCAAAAAUACAUGACAUUAACUAA